AGCUGCAAUAUGAAGCUCCAAUCCCUUGUUACUCUACUUCCUGCCGUGCUAUCUUUGGUGCAUGCGGCUCCUACUGGGAAAGAUUCAAACCCCGGUCUUCGAGGAGACGAAUCCCUACUUGGAUACUCCCCAUCGAAUGAGGUUGGCGGUGAUUCGCCACCUGAUAUCAAGUACACGCUUCUCCCCGGACAGAAAGAAGAUGCCCGAAUCGGAUCGUAUCUUGAUUUUGAAAAGGCAGACAAUCCCCAGCCCAUCCGUGGUUCUAUUGGUACCGAUGACCCUGGCCCGAGAAACUAUUACUAUGACAGAAUCAAUAGUGAUAAACUGGCCCCUCCUGGAACCGACAAUGGACAGACUAUCAAUGCGCAGUGGCCGAUGGGGUUGAGCCAUAAUAGACUUGGAAUGAACGGAGCAGGUUGGGGUCGUCAAGAGAACAAAAAUGUGAUGCCGGAUGCGACGCGGAUGGCGGGCGUGAACAUGCGCCUGGCGCCUGCCGGAUACCGGGAACUUCACUGGCACGUCGCUGCCGAAUGGUCUUUGGUGUUGAAUGGGUCGUGUCGAGUUCAGGCUGUCAAUGAAAAUGGGGAGACCUUUGUCGAUGAUGUUACAGCCGGCGAUGUGUGGUUCUUUCCGCCUGGUAUCCCUCAUUCUAUUCAAGCUCUCGAUGAUGGAGUCGAGUUCCUUCUGGUGUUCGACGAUGGGGAUUUCAGCGAGGAUAACACUUUCCUCGCUACUGAAGUCUUCCUUCAUACUCCGAAAGAGGUGCUUUCAAAGAACCUUGGAGUUGAGAUCUCAGCCUUUGACAAUAUCCCCGAUAAGCAAUUGUGGAUUUUCAAUGGCACGCCGGCUCCAAAAGACAUCGAGGAACAAAAUGUGACUACAAAAGCAGGUCUUGUGCCCUUCACCGAGAGCUAUACUUAUCAUUUCUCCGAACAACCCGCCCAUGAAGUCGAGGGUGGGUCAGUCAAGAUCGUCGACCCACUCACGUUCCCCAUUGCUAGCAAGUUCUCUGCUGCCAUUGUGACAGUUAAACCGGGCGGCAUGCGGGAGAUCCACUGGCACACUACGAGUGACGAAUGGACUUUCUUCAUUUCGGGACAGGGACGGGGAACGCUCUUUACUGCCCCGAGUGCUGCGACUACAUUUGAUUUUGCUGCUGGUGAUGUUGGGUACUUCCCACAGUCGGACAGUCACUAUAUUGAGAAUACAGGCGAUGAAGAUUUGGUGUUUUUGGAAGUGCUUCAGGCAUCUGAGUUUACAGAUAUGGCACUUGGUCAAUGGAUUGCAUCAACGCCGAAGCAGAUCGUUGCGGAUACACUCAAUCUUAGCGAUGAUACGCUCAGCAAGCUGAAGACUGAGAAGCAGCUUCUUGUCGCCAGGCCCAGCAAUUAG